ACCAUGGAAACGUCACACAAGUGGGUGGGGCUGGAAGACAAAGUUUUGCUGAAAAUGGAUGGUGAAACAUCAGAAGAAACUGUUACGCAGCCGACAGAAGCUGAAGCUCAGCCUCAGCAACUGUCUGCAGACCAGCCGCCGGAAUCUCAGGAUGGGGAGACUCCUCGCGAGAGGACCGAGGUAGAAGAAAGGACAGAUCCCGCUGUCUUGAUUGAGACUGGAGCUGCGGUGGAAGGAGAGGGAGACGGAGCGACAAAAGAGAGUAAGGAAAAAGAGCCAGAGCCAGUUGAAAAGCGGGACACUGUCGAGAGAGACGCAGCUGAAAACGGCAAGGGGAAGGAAGAAGGAGGUGGUGAUGGAGGUGCAGGGACAGAGGGAGCAAGCAAUGAGAGAGACGAAGGAGACAAGGUUGACGUGGCCCACCCAGCUGUAACUGAAGAACCCCAAGAAUCUGAGUCAACUCCCAAAGAGAGGAAGGAAAAAGACAAGAAGAAAGCGGAGAAGAAACGGAAGAAGUCGAAGACGCCUCGGGAGGAAGGCAUCAAGGGCAGCCCAAGAUCGAGAAAACGGGGAACAAAGAGCAAAGGAGGCCACAACCGUCAACUGGAGGAGAUCCUCAUUUCCGCCUUUCUUCCUUUUGACCCUGAAGGGAACGGUACCGUAGACUCCACUACUUUCUGGGAGGUAAUCCAGUCCCCUGAGCUAAAUCUACAGCUGGAGCCAGCGGAACUGGUCGCGCUGCAGGAAAUGGUGACUGCAGACCGUUCCGGUCUCGUACCCUACGCGGAGUUUGCGGCCCAGGCCGGCGACAUCAUUUCGUCGCUCUACCACGACAGGCCUUCUUCUGAGGAUUAUAAUGUGAGGAUGGCCACACCCAGUGGACACAGAGUUCUCUCAUACAACAAGCAGACUGGACAGUUUCAGGACCUGGUUGAGGAAGGGGUAGAUCCGUUUGAGGAGAAUAUUCAGGGUCUUUACCAGAGUGCCGAUACCGAGGGGCGUGGCUUCGUCACUCGUGAGGAGUUCAUUGCUUUGUUCCAGGUGGAGCAGUUGGCUCUACUGGCAGAGGAAGACCAUUCAACCAUGCUACAGUACUUUGACCAAGUGGCCCCAGAUGGACAGGCUCCGUACUGCUGACUUUUACGCUCUCGGGAAAGAGCUGAUUCUUCGUCUCUACCGCAACCAAGAUACCUCUGACUCAGAGUGGCUGGAGCUGUACAGUGAUAAACUGGGGAGAUACCAGUUGAACAAGUACACGGGAGACAUCCAGAGGGACACGGCUGCCUUACAGACUGGCCACACCCACCCACAGAUUGAUCUCAUCAACCAGGCCUACAGACAGGCGCAGGAGGCGGCGUUUGAGACGGAGCAGUACAAGGAGGAGAACAGGGAGCUACAGAACCAGCUGAGACUGAUGAGCGAGGAGCAAGAGACGCUCACCUUGCAGCUGGAGCAGACGGGCCACGUCCUCGACGAGGCCAACGCAGAGAUACACGAGAAGGAGUCGGAGUCGGGGAGACUCCAGGCUCUGCUGACCGGGAGGGAGCACGAGAUUGAAGACCUCAAGACACAACUUGCUGAAGCAGAUGUAGUGAAGGAGAAGCUAAGAACUCUGGAACUAGAACUGGAGCAAGUCCAAGACGAGGUGGAGUCGAGAGGAGCAACAAUGGAGGCCAGGGACUCCAGUAUGUCCACUCUACAGAAGCAGAGCCACAGGGUCGUCGACAAACUCAAGACUGCAUGGGCCAACAUUGACGCGAGGGAUUCAACGAUUGACAAACUGCGACACCAACUCACCGCCGAACUGAGCAGAAUGAAGACCUACCAAGAACACACCCCUCUCCUGGAAACAAAGGUGUCGACAUUAGAGGCGGAGGUAAAAAGAUUGACGCAGAGUCUGGACGAGAAGAACAGUGCCCUCGCCACCUCACGCAAACAUCUCAAGAACUCCAGAGAAAGAAACAUGGUCGGUCUUAUAUAUGACGUCAUCAUGACACAAUUGCAGUGGUCAUGUGACCCGUAUAGGAACUGGAAAGGUGGCAGAGAGGGCGGGGCAGACUGGAGGACAAGUUGAAAGGGGCGAGAGUCAGAGAUUCGGACGCUGAAGGGUCUGCUGAUGAGCAAGACGGCCAUGGUGGAGAGGAGGAAGAAGGAGCUGGCAGAGACUCGGGCCAGACUCGUGGAGUUAGAGGAGAGAGACAGUCGACGAGCUGUCAUCCUUGCCGAUGUCCUCGAGAGGACCGCCCGACAAUACCAGCAGACGCUCGGGGUGAGCGGAGUCAGGGGCAUGGCGGCAACCAUGAACCUUGACCCCCAGCUUUCUCUGAGCUCCUCCCAGAAUCCCGACUUGGCAGGAGCCAGAAGGCCUGUGAGUGCUCCGUCUGUCCCUCCCGACAUGGCUCCCCACUCUCCCACUUCUCCCCACCUUCACACCUUCACUCUCGGCACAUCUCCUCACGCACACCCCCCACCGCACAUCUUACGAACGUACACCAUCCCUGGUGUUGCUGCUGGGCACUGGCAGUGGAGGCAGACUGGCUCCGGGAGUGAGAGGAGCAAAGACAACUCGCAGGCUACAGGCGAGCGUAAGUGUGUCAUCAACUGCAUGGACACCAGCUCUUGUUCUCACAUGACCCCCAAGCUGCCGCCGAUCAGACGAAGGGGGAAGAGCCUGCCGUCAACCUCGUUCCACAUGCCCACGGCCGGGGAGCUGCGGGAGCUCCAGCAACGCAGGGACAAGACGGAGAUGGUGCUGCACUCGGAGGCCAACCCUCGCUGUGCCUGCCAGCUGUGCACUGCUGGCGGAGCUACUGCAGGUUGGAGGAGACGGUGGCACUGGCAGGCCUCGCUGGAAGUGGGAGAGAGAGGUCUGGCGGCCCAGAUCAGACAGGGCCAGAGGAUCCUCGUCUCCAUGAAGAGGUCAGAGUUCGACUUGGAGCCGCAGAAGUACGCGGGCAUCGUCAAGUACGUGGGAAAGAUUGACAGCGAGUUUAUCGACAACCGAGUAUACGUUGGAGUCAAACUAGACGAACCUGUUGGCGACACUGAUGGGCUGGUGAAGGGUAAACGCUACUUCACCUGUCAGGCCAAACACGGGAAAAUUGUCCGCCUCUCAAACGUGGUCGCCAUUCUACCCAGAAGGAGUGUCUCAUACAAACCGCUGCAGUCUACUAAGAGAAGUCCCUACAGCACAUCAGCCCCCUAG